AUGUCUUCCUGCGGAAACCCGGCGACUGAGGUCGAUGCAUUAAUGCCUCGACGCCUCAAGUUUGACCGAUCUAAAGAUUGUGUUAGAUGUAAAGAAAAGCCAGGGAAUAUUGUGAUUCGUCAUGCCGUCUAUUGCAAAGACUGCUUUACGCCUCUGGUCAACAUGAAGUUCAGAAAGGUUUUACAACCGUGUAUCAAUAAAACCAUUAGUUCCUCUCGGCGAAGCAAGGUCAAAGCCGACGGAAAUCUUCUGAUAUCAUGCUCCGGUGGUCUCGGCUCCUCCGUUCUCCUUGAUCUCGUCCAUCGUUCAUAUUUCUCAAAUCGACCUCCAAUGGGAGAGGAUGGAAAACCUCUGGGCGGGAAGGAUCAUCCGAGGAACGAAACUGUGUGGAAAUCAGCUGCUGUGUGUUAUGUCGAGAUCUGUAAUGCUUACCCAGAGAUGCGAGAUAGGACUGAAGAUGUUCGUGCUGUUGUUGAGAGCUAUCCUGGAUUCGAGUUCAUUCCAAUACGUCUCGAAAACGCUUUUGAUGCAUCUUGGUGGGAGAGUUUGGGUUGUCGACUCCAUGAUAAGCAAUUUGCCGUUAAUUUCUCAGAUGAAGGCCUUCCACUUUCUUCGUUGUCUACUCCUACUUCGAAUUCGACGCCAUUAGAGGGCUUGCGCGGAUAUCUAACUUCUCUUCCAACCCAAACUGCCAUUUUUACUCGCCGUACACGAUCCUCACAUCUACUCUUGGGAACAUCAUUAACAUCUCUGUCCGUCUCUCUUAUUUCAUCAAUUUCGCAAGGAGGGGGUUACGCCCUACGGGAAGAGUUGCAAGAGGAGUGGUCUUCCGAGCACGAUGACAACACGGAAUUGAAGGAUAUGUUGAAUUCGGUUCGAGUGGUGAGGCCGCUAAGAGAUAUUGUCAUGAAAGAAUGCGCUGCAUACGCAAGGUGGAACAACGUCAAAGUCGUCGGUCGCGAGAAGCUAUCGGGCGCCAAUCAUGGCAUCGGCGGACUCACAAAAGAUUUCAUCGUUGGGCUAGAAAGGGAUUAUCCAUCCACUGUCUCAACUAUUGCUCGUACAUGUGCUAAACUCGCGCCCAAAGACAAUCCUGAUGGAAUUUGUCUCUUAUGUCAACGACCACGUCAGAAAGGGAUCCAGGAGUGGAAAACACGAAUUUCGAUACGAUCAUAUGAUGACGCAAAACUGGCUUCCGAUUCGCACAUACCUGCGCAUGCACAUCCCUCUGCCGAAACUGAUCAAUGUUGCUCAAGACGAAUAUUCCCUUCAUCAUUUACGCCAUAUCUGUGCUAUUUCUGUCAUACAACCCUGACGAGUCGGAGUAGCCGCAGUGGCAAGUUAUUCACCUUGUCCAAGGGCAAUGCAUCAAAUCAUACGACUGUCUCACUCCCAGGCUAUGUUAGCGCUGGUCUGUCAAAUCUUGGACCUGGAGGCGAUCAAGUUUAUCCAGCUGGUGGCAAAGAGAUAGGUGAAAUGGAGAUCUGGGAACGAAAGAAAACAAGUUUAGCUGACAUGAAAGGCACUGUCGCUGAAUUUUUGCUUGACGAUUAGCUUGAUAAGUUAGUUUGUAGGGCAUGUAUCUCCAUGCACGAUAUUCAUUAGGACGCCUUAACGGGAGCUUUGUAG